GCUUAGCCAGACUGGAGGACUCUCAGGACCCCCACUCUGGCAGCCUUCCAUGGGACAAAAACAUGGAGAGAACCACCAGGCUUUGCUCAAUGAGGGAGAAGAGGCCGAAAUGGAGAUUUUUGGCUACAAGACCCAUGGCUUCCGGAGGGCUGCGUGCGUUGCUGGGCACAUCCUGUCCUGCGGAGUUCUCCUCCUUGUCUUUUACUGGAAGCCGGCCUGGGACGUGUGGGCAAACUGCGUGCCAUGUGACUUGGAAGAGGCGGACGUUGUGUUGCUCAGAACCACAGACGAAUUUCACAUUUAUUCCCGGAAGAAGGUGACCUGGAUCUCUCUGUCCUCCCUGAAUGAUACGAGUCCCGAUUCUCCGGUCGUUGCUGAUGAAAGUUCCCUUUUGAACAAGGUCAUAAGGAAGCCAGAGAUGAAAGUGAGAUGCAUCCAGGUGCAGAAAAUACGAUACGCCUGGGACCUUUCUGCCAAUCGAUUCCAGAAAGUCGGAGUCCUUGAGGAAAGCCACACCUGUGCAGAGAUUCAUGCAAAGUUUGGCUCUGGGCUGCCCCACAAAGAGCAAGAUGUCAGGAAGCUGAUCUGUGGACCUAACACCAUCGACGUGGAGAUCACACCUGUUUGGAAGCUGCUCAUCAAAGAGGUCCUCAACCCGUUUUACAUCUUCCAGCUCUUCAGCAUCUGCCUGUGGCUUGCAGAAGAUUACGUGGAGUACUCUGUGGCCAUCGUCCUCAUGUCAGUCCUGUCUGUUGCUCUGACGGUCUACGAUCUCAGGAAGCAAUCUGUGAAGUUGCACCGACUGGUGGAGUCCCACAACAGCGUCCCGGUCAAGGUGUACAGAAGACAGGCAGGUGUGCAAGAGAUGGAGUCACGCCAUUUGGUGCCUGGAGACCUGUUGGCCCUGGCAGGUGGCAGAGCAAUGCUGCCCUGUGAUGCCAUCCUGGUCAGCGGCGUGUGCAUCGUGAACGAAGGCAUGCUGACGGGAGAGAGCAUUCCUGUUACGAAGACCUGCUUGCCCCGAGACGACAACGGUCAGCUGCCCUGGCGAUCAAGCUGCGCGGACGAUUACCGGAGACACGUCCUUUUCUGUGGAACGGAGGUCGUCCAGGCCAAGGGAGACAGCAAGGAGGCCGCAAAGGCAGUUGUGCUGCGGACUGGUUUCAACACCGCCAAAGGGGAGCUGGUGAGAUCGAUUCUGUACCCCAAACCCAUGAAUUUCCGGCUCUACAGAGACGCCGUUCGGUUCCUGCUGUGCCUUAUUGGCGUUGCGGCCAUCGGGAUGAUCUACGCUGUGUGUGUCUUUACCCUCAGUGGGGAAGAGGCCGGAGAGGUGGUGAAGAAGGCCCUGGACACGAUCACCAUCGCUGUCCCUCCCGCCCUGCCUGCUGCCCUGACCACGGGGAUCAUUUACACUCAGAGGCGGCUGAAGAGGAAAAAGAUCUUCUGCAUCAGUCCCCAGAGGAUCAACGUGUGUGGCCAGCUGAACCUCAUCUGUUUUGACAAGACUGGCACACUCACUGAGGAUGGCCUCGAUCUCUGGGGACUUGUCCUGGCCAAAGGAAAGAGCUUUCAGAACGUCUCCAGCUUCUCCUCCAAGAGCCCCCUGCCUUGGGGCCCAGCAUGUGGAGCCAUGGUGAGCUGCCACUCCUUGGUGCUUCUGGAUGGGAAGAUACAGGGAGAUCCACUGGACUUGAAAAUGUUCGAGGCCACCCACUGGGAAAUAGAGGAUCCCAAGGAUGAUGGGGGUAAAGACGGAGAACUGGCGCAUGCGGUGAUUGUCCGACCAGGACCCAAAGCUGGCCACGUUCCCACAGGAGGAGUCGCCAUUUUGCGCCAGUUUCCCUUUUCUUCGGCGCUGCAGAGGAUGUCUGUCGUAGCCCAGGAAUUCGGUGGGGGCCGCCAUGUCUUCAUGAAGGGGGCUCCAGAGACAGUGGCCCGCUUCUGCCACCCCGAUUCAGUGCCCCCCAGCUUCCCCAGCGAACUCCAGCUCUACACCUGUCGAGGCUUCCGAGUCAUUGGGCUGGCACACAAAACCUUGCCAGCAGGGAUGCCAGCAGCGCCCCUCCCAAGGGAGGAAGUGGAAUCCAACCUGACCUUCUUGGGCUUCCUGGUCAUGGAGAAUCGCCUGAAGAGGGACACCCGGCCAGUCCUGGAAGAGCUCACUGCAGCCCGCAUCCGGAGCGUGAUGGUCACAGGGGACAACAUCCAGACAGCCAUUACAGUGGCCAGAGACGCUGGCAUGAUUUUGCCAGGCAGCAAAGUGAUUCUGGUUGAGGCCAGCACCCAGGUGGGGCAUCCCUUGGCAUCUGUCACCUGGAAGCUCCUGGAGGAGAGAAAAGGCCACAGCCACAACGGACCCAAGGCCGGCUUGGAAGGAGGGCCCCUCUCCGGCGUGGGCAGCGGCCACUACCAUUUUUGCAUGAGCGGCAGCUCUUACGAGGUCGUGACGCAGUCCUUUGGCCACUUACUCCCAAAGCUCCUGCUGAACGGGACGGUGUUUGCCAGGAUGUCGCCUGCUCAGAAGGCCAGCCUGGUGCAAGAGUUCCAGAAGAUGGAUUACUUUGUGGGCAUGUGUGGAGACGGCGCCAACGACUGUGGGGCGCUGAAAAUGGCCCACGCUGGGAUCUCCUUGUCCGAGCAGGAGGCCUCGGUGGCUUCGCCCUUCACGUCCAAGACCCCCAGUGUGGAAUGUGUGCCUGAACUGAUCAGGCAAGGCCGGGCAGCCCUGGUGACUUCUUUCUGCAUGUUCAAAUACAUGGCCCUCUACAGCAUGAUCCAGUACCUGGGGAUUCUGCUGCUGUACUGGCAACUCAACACCUUUGGGAACUACCAGUUUUUGUUCCAGGACCUGGCUAUCACCACCCUCAUUGGAAUGACCAUGAGCCUGAACGGAGCCUACCCCAAACUGGUCCCCUACCGCCCUGCCACGCGGCUCACCUCCCCGCCCUUGCUGCUGUCCGUGGUCCUGAACAUCCUCUUCACCCUGGCGGUCCAGCUCUGUGGCUUUGCGCUGGUGCAGCAGCAGCCAUGGUACUCCCGUGCCAACAUGCUCAGUGCCUGCUCUCCCGGGAACACAAGUCAGGUGCCAUCUCCAGGCUCUGCCAGCCUCUCCCAGGGACUCAGCAGCACAGGAAAUGGCACAGACACAGGCAGAGAAGAAGAGGAAAGCAGCUACAGGAGCUACGAGAACACCACCGUCUGGCUGCUGAGCACCAUCAACUGCCUCCUGGUGGCCGUGGUCUUCUCGAAGGGGAAGCCCUUCAGGCAACCCAUGUAUAAAAACUAUGUGUUUGUCCUCGUGCUGGCGCUGCAGCUGGGCGUCUGUCUCUUCUUCCUCUUUGCCAGCUUGGAUGGCCUCUAUGCCCGCAUGGAGCUUGUGUGCACCCCCCUGGCUUGGAGGAUCUCCCUGCUUGGCAUGCUGCUGGUCACCUUUGGCGCCUCCUUCAUUGCGGAGGAGGCGGUCAUUGAGAACAGAGCCCUGUGGAGGCUCUUAAAGAGAAGCGUUGGCUACCAGUCCGCCAGCUCAUACCAGAGGCUGAGGAGGGCCUUGGAGAAGGACUCUGCAUGGCCCCCCCUGGGCAAGACGGACUUCUCAGAGUCUGUGGCACUCCCCCUGGGAGCCUGCAGGGAAGCCUACAGCAACCCAGUCUUUGAGAGCCAUGAGGAGCCACGCUCCGGACUUCACCCCUAGGGCCAGCUUGCCAAGCCUGGCCUGACUUCCCCUCUUAAUGCCAGCCAAAGGAAGGAGAACUGUGAGGGGCCGCGCACUGCCAUUUGUGGCGCAGUGGUUGGAGGACAGGAUGAGACCGGGAGAGAUCCAGGUUCAAGUCCCUGCUUGCCACGAAGCUCACUGGGUAACCAUGUCCCCCUCACUCUUUCCCUCAGCCCAGCCUACCUCUCAGGGCUGUUGAGAGGAUCAACUGGAGGAGAGAGACACUGGUGCUGCACUGGGCUGCUUGAAGGAAGUGGGGGGAAGAAUGUAAUCAACUCCCCCCCACAGCCCCCUUUGUCCUAAAUCCUGCUAUGCAGCCUUGGCCAGAAGAGGGCAGUGUUCCCUCACAUCCUUAGCCUGAAAGGCCUGACUCGAGCCCUGGGUGGUGCGCACGCUGCCAGGCCCUCACGCUGCCUGGCUUUCUGUCCACUUAGCCUAUAACAUCUCUCCUCUCCUAAGGGUUGGGAAGAGAAUUGGGGGAUUGUGUAUUUUUGGGAGAGAGAAAAACAAGAACACCCAGAGUCUCCCAGGCCCUUGAAGGUCGUGCCAGGUUGCCAGUUUUCCCCUGUCCCUGAAGCCAAGAUCUGAAAUUCCCUUCAUCUGGCACCUUUGCACUAAACUGCCUUUGCUAGGAGCCCGACAGUGCAGCGGACAGUGUGUCUGUUGUGGUAUAGAAAGAUCUGAGUUCAAUUCCUCCCGGAACUAAAGAAUUCACUGGGUGGCCUUGGGCCAGGCAUGCAGUCUCAGCCUUGCAGGGUUGUUGUGAGGAUAAGAAGGAGGGGUCAUUUCUGCCAAUGUGAGUUCCUUGCAGGAAGAGUUGCUUUAGCAGGGUGGUUGGGCUGUGAAUCAGCACUCUGCUGGUUCGACUCCCACUCCUGCCAUAGCUCAGCAGGUGGCCUUGGGGAAGCCACGCCUCUCAGCCCAGCUCCCCAGCUGUAUUGUGGGGAUAAAAGUGACACUAACUUGUUCACUGCUCUGAGUGGGACACUAAUCUGUCUAGAAGAGGAGAAGAGCAAAUUUUGUGAUUGUUAUUAUUAUAAAAGACACUCGUAUAAAUGUUUUAAAUAAAAUGAAGUGGCUGGAAGACUCUGAGGACAAGAUCCACCAUGAAGCACAACAUGCCUGAAUGAAUCCAUUACCAACCAGGCCCAGGGAAAGGGGAUGCCAGACCUCUCUGAGCACAUCAAUCCUGGUCCAAAACCAGCCCAUGCUUUGGUUGCCGUUGACACAUUCUGCUACCCAUGCACCAUGUAUGGCAGUGGAGGACUGUUGUGUGCCAUUUGGAGGCUGCACAUUUGUUCUCAAAGACCAGCACUUGAUCAGCAGCGCCCUCUCAUCAAACUGAACUACUCCUGAUUUUGAAGGCGGGGUGGGGGGUUGUGGGGACCCCUUAGGGGGUGAGAACCUCAAGGUUAGAUUACUGCAGCACACCCUCUGUGGGGCUGCCCUCGAAGAUGACAAAACCAUCGGUGGGUUCAAGCUGCAGCUGAUGCCGCCUUGUUGUGAUUCAGACCCUUGGACUGCCAAGGUCUGUAUUGCCUACUCCAGGGGGUGCCGGCCUUUUCUUUAACGAGAACUACUUCUGAGUAAGGGCAAAUAUCCUGAGCUACUUUACCCCCACCACCCAGCAGCCCACCAAGUGUCAUUCUGUGCCAGACACAACAUGGUGUGGGAAGAGCACCAGAAAUGAAACUAUCAGCUAAGCGAUGCAGAGAAAAUACUAUGAAAUAAACAUUUUCCUAUUAGAUCUAGAGCAGAUCUUUUUGUGAUCCCCCCGCCCCCAUCUUCUAGGGGUUGCCCGAACUGCUCUUCUGCAGCCCGCAAGCCAAGGGUCACUCUCACGCUACCUGUGGGCGCCCCCUGGUCUGCUCUGACUGGCAGGGGCACUCCGGGGCCUCAGGCAGAGGUCUCUCGCACUGCCCGAGAGCCGGCCCUUUCCCCCCAAAGGCCAUGCUUGGGAGUGAUCCCAGGCAGGCCCUUCUGCAAGGAAGGCGUUAGCUUCACUCCUGAGGCACAGCCUUGUCCCCUAAGCUUGUCCGUCGCCUGGAGUCAGCUGGUAGGAAUACGGUGCUUUGGCUCUGAGGUCCUUUGCACGAGGCACCGCUCCGUUUAAGCCCUUCCUGGCCUCCUCGCAGGACCUGAGAGUUGAAGUGGUUUUAGGGUGUUGGACUAGGUGAGUCCAGAGUUCAGACUAGGACCUGGGAGGCCCGGGUUUGAAUCCCCACUCAGCCGUGGAAGCCCCCUGGGGGUCUUUCGGCCAGUGACUCCCUCUCUCUCUCAGCCUGGCCUACCUCACAGGGUGGUUGUGAGUGUAGAGUGGAGGAGAGGAGAAUGAUGCCAGCCACCUUGAGUCCCUAUUGGGGGGAAAGGCAGGGUAAAAAUGAAGCACAUAAAACCAAGGUCUUCCUCUCCUGCCUAAGCCCGCAAGCAACAUGGUUUCCUCCUCCCCGUCAGUUCUUCCUCUUUGUCUCUUCAAGGAGGAGGAUUUGAUCUACCCCAGCUCAGGGCCUUGCCGGCAGUGGCCCUGGCUCUGCGGGACGCUCUUCCUGAGAAAGAGCCCAUGUGCUGAUUUCACAGUAUCCUGCUACACCGCCCGGCAUGGGGAGGGAUUUAAUCUUUCCUCUUGGACAGUUUGCAGGCAGGACUGGUCUGACUGGGUGAGGUACUUCGGGGUGUUGGUGAGGUUUUCUUGCCUCUGUUUGGGGUCAUUUGUUCCGUAAACAAGUCACAUCACCGUUUUUGACAGCAAAUUUAUUUGGGUGAUUCUCUGAUGUGCAGUGAGUUGUGUUAUUUUUGUGUACUAGACUGCUUUUAUGCCCUGUUGUGCCCUCCUACUGUGUAACCUAAAGCAGUUAAAGAAAUAAAGUGUUUUUGACAGCAAUUGUGUUUUGGGUGAUUCUUUAAUGUGAAGUGAGUUGUGUUAUUUUUGUGUAAGAUUCUGUUGGCAUGCCCUUUGGUGUGCCCCCCUGCUGUGUUACCUAAAGCUGUUCAAGAAAUAAAGUGUUUUUAACAGGAAUUGUCUUUUUGUGAUUCUCUGAUGUUAAGUGAGUUGUGUUAUUUUUCUGUGUGGGGGACUGCUGGUGUAAUGUGUCACAAUGCUUUGCCUACUUGUACUUUGAA